AUGAGUUUCUUGGAUGCCUUCCAAGGGUAUCACCAAAUACCGCUAGCCAUCGACGAUCAGGAAAAGACUGCUUUUGUAACCCCGAUUGGGAACUACCAUUACAAAGUGAUGCCCUUCGGCUUGAAAAACGCUGGAUCUACCUACCAACGCAUGAUAAUGAAAAUGUUCGAACUGCAACUGGGUAGAAGUAUUGAAGUUUAUAUCGAUGAUAUGGUUGUGAAAAGCAAAGUGGCGUCCGAACAUGUGGAAGAUCUCACGAGUAUCUUCGGGAUACUGAGAAAACAUAAGUUACGCUUGAAUGCUUCGAAGUGCUCCUUUGGUGUAGGUUCCGGGAAGUUCUUGGGGUACAUGGUGACCCAUAGAGGAAUUAAGGUGAACCAAGACCAGAUUAAGGUCAUUAAUGAUUUGCAAGCACCUCGGAAUCCAAAAGAAGUGCAUAAAUUGACUGGAAUGACUGCUGCGUUGAACCGGUUCAUCUCCAGGUCGGCUGAGAGGUGUCGUCCUUUUUUUCGUCUGUUGCAUAAGUGGCAAGGAUUUGAAUGGACCGAUGAGUGUGCUGUAGCGUUCCAGCAGUUAAAAGAAUACCUGUCCAGGCCACCUAUCAUGUCUAGCCCUGAGGUGGAUGAGGUGUUGUUUGCUUAUCUAACGGUUGCCCCUCAUGCAGCCCAUACCGUGGUUAUCUUGACCCAACUGCCUCUUAAGUCCAUACUCAGAAGUGCUGACUACACUGGAAGAAUUGCUAAGUGGGGCACGAUUUUGGGUGCUUUCGAUAUCAAGUACAUGCCUCGCACCUCUGUGAAAGGUCAAGUCCUUGCCGAUCUAGUGGCUAAGUUCGCCGAAUGCCCGAAAGAAGUUAAUGUGAAUCAAGGUCACAUGGAUGAACAAUCGGUUGGCCUAAUAUCCACACAAGGUGGGUCCUUUUGGAGGGUGUACAUGGAUGGGGCCGCAAACCAACGGGGAGCAGGAUUGGGAUUGGUGUUGAUAUCCCCCAAGGAGGUCAUCAUCGAGAAGUCGUUAAGAUUAGGGUUCUCGGCUACUAACAACGAAUCAGAAUACGAAGCUUUGAUAAUGGGGAUGAGUAUGGUCCGAAAAAUGGGUGGAAAGGUAGUGAAAUUAUUCUCAGACUCGAGAUUGAUAGUCGGCCAAGUGAGAGGAGAGCUGGAGGCCCGAGACCCAAGGAUGCAAGGGUAUCUGGACCAGGUUAGGCGUAUGCAAACAGAGUUUGAGUCUUUCGACUUAUUGCAUAUUCCUCGAGGUGAAAAUACACACGCUGAUUCUUUGGCAACCCUUGCCACCUCCUCAGUACGAAAUUUUCCUCGGGUGAUCAUCGUUGAAGACCUGUGUACCCCCACCUCACCAGAAAAGGAUGUUUUCCAAAUCAAUCAAACCAGUCUGUCGCCAAACUGGAUGGAUCCCAUAUUAAAAUUUCUUGAAAGUGACAUAUUGCCCGAAGAUAAGGUGGAAGCUGAGAAAAUACAAAGGAAAGCUCAUUGGUAUUGGCUAUCUGAAGAUAAAAAGUUGUACAAACGGUCCUUCUCUGGGCCAUACCUGCUCUGUGUGCCUCCUGAGACUGCAGAAUCAAUCCUGGAAGAAUUGCAUGAGGGCAUUUGUGGAAGCCAUACAGGAGGAAGGGAAUACUGUUCAGAACUGGGUAUAAGAAACAGAUAUUCCACUCCGGCUUAUCCACAAGACAAUGGGCAGGCUGAAGCUGUAAACAAAGUAAUAGUCAAUGGGCUUAAGAAGAGACUGGAUGACGUGAAAGGAAAGUGGGUGGAAGAAUUGCCACAUGUUCUAUGGACAUAUCGGACAACACCCCGACGUUCAAUGGGGGAAACUCCCUUUUCCAUGACCUAUGGGGCCGAGGCCGUCAUCCCUCUGGAAAUUAGAUUCCCGACAUUAAGGACCAAUACAUUCUCUUUGGAUAGUAAUGAUGCAAUGUUGGAGAAAAGUUUGGACUUGAUUGAAGAGCGAAGGGAGAGCGCGAUGGUUCAACUAGCUUACUACCAACAUAAACUCAAGCAGGGCUAUGAUAGUAAUGUGAAGAUGAGGCCGUUAGCCGUAGGAGAUCUGGUGCUGAGGAAAGUUCUGGGGGCUACCAAGAAUCCAAAUUGGGGAAAACUGGGACCUAAUUGGGAAGGGCCAUAUCGGAUCACUUCUGUAGCGGGAAUAGGAGCCUAUUGUCUGGAAGACCUAGAUGAAAAAACUGUACUUCACCCUUGA